UAAAAUUGAAAAGUGAUUUUUCUACCCGUGACAAGGCUAAACGAGGCAGUUUCACACGGUACAGUGCGAGGGUUGGAGAAGCGCGGGCUGACAGAAACGACCACCGAGAUGACUGCGGCGGCGCGCCGCGGGGCCUUAUGGGCUGCGCCGGGGCUCUCGGCGCAGGCGCAGUGCGGUGGCGGGGCGCGCUUGGCCGGAGGCCCACUGUCUGGGAGCUCUGCCUCUUUAACAACUCUGAUCUUGUCCAAGAGGAAGAAGAGAUGACCAAUUUCCAGGAACCUAUUACAUUCGAGGAUGUGGCCCUGGACUUUACCGAGGAGGAGUGGAGGCAACUAGACUCUACACAAAGGACUCUGUAUGGAGAGGUGAUGCUGGAGAUAUGUGGCAACCUGCUCUCAGUGGGAAAGAAACUCUACAACUGCGGUGAGUGUGAUAAGAACUUCAGUCGGAGCAUAGAUCUUCGCUAUCAUCAGCGAAUGCAUACAGGAGAGAAGCCGUUUGUAUUUGAUACAUGCGGCAAAGGCUUCAGUUAUAACAGCAAUUUUCAUGUUCAUCAGAGAGUCCACACAGGAGAGAAACCAUUUAAGUCUGAGGAGUGUGGCAAGGACUUCCAUCAGAGUUCCAGCCUUUGUAUUCAUCAGAGAGUCCUCACUGAAGAAAAACCCUAUAAAUGUAAUCAGUCCAUAUGAGAGAAACUGUUUAAAUGUGAAACUCUUAAAACACAAAUCUGGUGCUCAGCAGAAAGUUCACACAGGAGAGGAACCAUUAAGUAUGAGGAGUGUGGUAAGGACUUCCCUCAGAACUCUAAUCUCACAUUCACCAGAGUGAAACUGGAGAGAAACUCUACAGUGUGAUGCGUGUGACAAGGGCUUCAGUCGGAGCACAGAUCUUCGAGUUUGUCAAAUUUACACGGGAAAAAAAACAUCAAGUGCCAUACCUACGGUAAGAACUUUAGUUACAACAAGAACCUUCAUGUUCAUCAGAGAGUGAGUCCACACAGGGUAGAAAGCCUGAGAAGUGAGCCCAAGUCUUCAAGUCUGUCCUUUUCCACAUGGGAGAGAAACCUUACAGGCAUGGACAGAGUGGGAAUCCGAGUCAUAAUGGAAUCAAAGAAAGAAAGAAUGCAGAACACUGAACCCACCGAUAGACCCUCACUUCUCAACUGAGAACCAUGAAGAAGAAACUGCCCUGCCUCAUUCCUGCUCGAUCUCCUCUUCACCUGACUUCUCGCUGCACCCCAGCUCGGCCUUCAGUUCCCUCCUUUCCCUCUGCCCUGCCUCUUGUCCCCAUGACUUCUCUGUCUCUUCGCCCUGUGCCAGCCUCAGUCUCCAGACACUCAGACCAACCUGGCCCUCUUCCUACCUCAUGCCCAGACCGUGUCCCUCCUCUGGCCAGUUUCUCUUCUCAUCUCCCUGCCUGGGUCACUUCCACCCUUGCCCGUCCCCCUACACCCCCCACCACCUCCCUUCCUCCCCUCCCUCUCCCUUCUGUUCGCCGCCCCUUCCGACUUGCUCCCCUCUUCUCCGACACCCCUCCCUUGACCCCAGCCCUGCCCCCUGCCCCUACUUCUUCCCCCAGCUGCAUGAGCCUGGGGUCCAGAUAGACCUCCCCUGCUCCUGCUAGGAUGGGGCCCCACACAGCCCUCUGCAGGCCUGAUGACUCUCACACUCCAUCAUGCGGGGACAACCAUGCUGGAUGAUGACCAGCAGACAUGCCACCUGGAGGGCACAUCCCUCAGAUGUGCCAUCUGAUCUGUUCCCAGCAAUAACCAAAAUGAUCUACUGUGACCACCGAGGCUUUCCCACUUCGAGAAUCCACCACCUGUAGGAAGAGGGAAGGUUUCCCAUGUUCCCAUGAAAGCUGUGACCCUCUCCAAUGACCCCAGCUCUGGAAUUUACCAGGUGGCAGGGUUUGGAAGGUGAUUGGUGGUCUACAUCUUACACAACUAUAGACAUCUGAUUUUUGGAUAUUUUAAAAGUAGACAUACAUGAGUAUUUUCAAUCCUUGGUUGGUUGGAUCCCCAGAUACGCAACCCAUGGAUAAGGAGAGCCGACUGUAUUGUCAGUAAUUCAUUCUCUUUAGAGCUGAGUAGUAUCCCAUUAUACUACUAUUUCACAGAUCGAUUCUGCUAGAUUGCUAGAUGUGACAGUUAUCAAUGUGUUGCCUCUGCACUCCAGAUCUACCCUUCACGACUGCUGUCAGGAUGGCAUCACCCCUUUGAAAGCCUUUCUCCUUUGCAGUGAGAACAAGGCUGGACUUUGUCAGUAGGUGGCGCUGGAGGGACAUUGCAGGAGGAAGAAACUUGUCCUGGAGUCAGUGUGCUCCUGUUUUGCUGCUGCCAGAGGCACAUGCACGGGGGACGUCUAUUAGCGCUCUGCUCCAGCGUGCUAAUGCCAGCGAGCUCACAGCCCCAGCCCUAGCCCUGUGCCCACCUCCUACAGCCUUCCUGACGUGGACAGUGCUCAACCCCGCCCUGCUCUGGGGCUGAGCCGCCUGACACCCUGACUCCCUUGGGUGCGCCCAGCCGCCAGCCAGAGCCCACCCGCCGCUCCCUUGGAGGGUUGUUUCCAGUGGCCCUCCAGACACCGACACCAUGACUCCCAUGCCUGGCACCGUUCUGCCUGCAAGUAAGGACAUGCUUGACUCUCGGACUCUGUGCACACACCAGCCAGCCUCUCCUGGGCAUGUUGCCUGCUUACCUGGAGACUCAAGACCACGUCUGGGCUUGGCAACCCAGCACACUUCACAUCAUAGUACACGUUUUCCAACAGUGUUCAAAUCCCAGAUUUAAGGAGAGGGCCCCUUCCAAUUUGUUGCUUCCUUGGCAAGUUUCCUGACCCUUAGGAUAGUCUAAAGACUCCAAAGAGUUCUUUUUACACCUUCAUAGUUGCUCCCCCGCUUGAGUUAAUCUUUUUUAAAAAAAUAAAUUUUAUUUUAUAUUUAAGGCAUACAACACGGUGUUAAAUAAGAUACGUGUACAUAAUAAAAUGGUUGCUACAGUGGAACAAAUUAACACAUCUAUCAUCUUACUUCCUCUCUCCUCCACCCCCUCCCCCAGGGCAAGAGCAGCUAUAAUCUCAUUUAGCAAAAAUCCUAAAUACAAUGCACUACUAUUAACUAUAGUCCUCGUGUUGUAUAUUAGAUAUUUCAACUUGCUCAUCCUAUAUAUUUGCUACUUUGUAUCCUUUGACCUAUAUCUCCCCAUUUCCUCUCCACCCCCCCCCAACCCUGGUAAUCACUG